AUGGAGCGCGAGCUGGAAGCACUGCCCGCCGAGCCGCCCUUCCAGGCGCUGGUGGAGGCGGCGGGCGGCCGCGGGCAGGUGUUGCUGGUGGGCGAGCUGUGGGAGCGCGAACCGAGCCGCGCGCUGCUGCGGGACUUCGCCCAGGCCGUGUUCCCAGCUGAGCCGGCCACGGCCAAGGCCGGCUGCCCCGCGGCUGCGGCCGAGAGCGCGGGCUCCGGGGAGGCGCGCGGGGCGCCGAGGGCUCCUGCGGCAGCGCGCGCCAUCCGCUCGCCGCUCGUCUUCGUGCUGUGCCGCGCCUCGUCGCUGGCCGCCCGGGAGCCCCGCCGCCGCCUGCGGGAGAUGCUGCGGGACGUGCGAGGCCGGAGGCGGGCCGGCGCGGCGCUGGUCGGCGUGCUGGUGGCCGAGGCCGGGCCCGAGGACGCCGCGGCACCCGGGCUGCGACUGCUGGAGGCGCUGCUGCGCACAGUGUUCGGCCGCCAGACCGGGGGCCCGGUGCAGGUGGCUGCCUACUGCCCGGGCCGCCCGGCCUCCAGCCUGGCCGUGCAAGCAGCCGCCUGCAGAGCCCUGCAAGCCGCCGGACCCGGGCGACCAGUGGAAGGAGCUGUGGAGAGACCAGGUCUGCCAGGGUUACUGGCCUGCUUCUCCUGGGGUCCCUGGAGCCAGAGGAAGGACCGAGAUGCCACCUCCUCCAGAGGCCCUGCCCAGGAUCACAGCCGGGACUGCGAGGAGGAGCUGGCCCUGACAGCUGUGUCUCCCAUCGGGGCCUGUGAGGACCUUGCAAGUGGAUCAAAGACCUGUGAUGGAGUCAUGCACACUCCUGCAGAGCCCGCCACAGACUGCUUCCUCUCCUGGAGCCCACGUCUCAGGAUUGACCCCAGCUGCUGACUACGACAUGGACACCUGCUACCGGGGACUGCCACAUCCACCAUUCCCAGUUAGCGGCGGAACUAAAACAAGCCGAGGACAACCUACUCCCCACUUAGCGUCCGCUUCCUUUGUGAUCACAAGGUGGCUGUGUCUGUCUGUGCCUCCAUUUCUCUCGGCCAGCAAGACAGCUGGCUGUGCACGGGGCUCUGCUGUGCUGUGGCACCCUUGGGUGUGUUUGCAGUGUUUGCAGUGCCCUGGGCUGGUGUGCAAGAGUACAGCUGGCAGGGACUCUGGGCUGCAAGUCUUCGGAUCUGGGCUGUGACCCCGGCCAGACUGUCACUCCCUCUGUGGCUUCCGGUUCCCAGUGCAUGAGGGAGCUGCCAGCG